CCCCUCCACUAAACCUUCCUAACCUCAACCUCUCCUCUUCCCUCUCUCGCACCCAUCCUCGUUAGGAGGCUGACAGAAGUUGAUGGAAUGCAUUGUUGUGCGCAAGUAAUUUUUCCUGCCCAUGUGCCUCAUUAAUUUAGAAUAGGCUUUUGUGUGCAUUAAGCAGUAUUUACCAAGAUGCCAAAAUGUAGUGUACGAAAGCGGUUCACGAACCCGAAAAAAGGAACUGCUCAACCACUACAAGGGGAAUGUGGGGCUCUAACGAAUUCUUCAGGCACGACAGAUCAAAGUUUUGGAGAUGUACUUGGUACUGUUACAAAUGCUUCACAGAGUCAAAAAGAUGAUAGCAAUCCGCAGUGUACUGGAUCUGCACCUGACGAUUUACACAUUAAUUUUGUAGAUGACAUUUCAAUGCCUGAUGCUGAACCCUCAUCAAAUUCUGUGGAUUCAACAGACCCUCUUGCAGUUAUCAAAAUAGAAGAUCAUGACACAUUCCAACUGAAAAAUCCUGCGUCUUUUGACACACUUUGUUGUGACCCUGUUAAGUCUCUUAAAGAAGAUCCAACAAUAUCUGUGUUACCAUCUGCCGCAAGUUUUAAAUUACCAAGUAGUGACACAGACACCGUAAUAGAUUACCAACCAUUGCUAAAGCAGGUCAAGAUAAAAUUAGAAAGUUUCUUAAAACCAAACUGGGUUAGUCUGGUGCAAGAAAACGAACUUCACGUUCUACGUUUGUCGAGAACAGCAGAUAAAGUAACCCAACGCCAGCUUACUUUUCGUUGUGAUGGAAGUGUGCAGAUGAAAGUGCAUUGCAGGGAGUUUCCUAUUACUAAACACAUGCCAAACGCUCUACCACCUAAAUGUUUACAAGCUAACCGCAUAACUUAUUUUGUUAAUAGGAUUGUUCAAUUGAUAGAUUUUAGUAGUGAAUUUGAAAUAUGUUGUGGUGUGCCACAAGAAGAAUAUAAACAUGUAUGGUCAGCUAUUGAUUAUGCUGCCGUAGACUCAAAUCCAUACAAAGAGACAAGGUACACUGAGACAUUUAGAGCUCUGCAGUGUGAGUUGCUAGUUUACCCUAUAAGGAAGUAUAGGUGCUACCACUGCUUUGAUUUGCUUCAAGUAUUGCAGCGCAAAACCGGUCAAAAGCAAAAAAAGAAACUUACUCCAUAUACCCCGUCAUAGAUUAGUCUUUUCAAAGGCACUCAAAUUCAGAACUUUCGAGAAUGUGUUUCCACACCGGCACUCACCCGCCAG